AGCCAUGACGUCCUCUGACAGCCCCCUUGCGCCGAAGCCUCAGUGCAGAAGACCUGGCUCCUUAUCAAACCACUCGCUGGCUGGCUCCAUCAUGGGGAAGUCCCUUGCUCCAGCCUAAAGGCAAGCUCAGCCCAGCUCCCUUCCUGCACUCUGCGACCGUCCAGCCCGGGGAUGUCUGUCUGGGAGGCAGAUGUGUGAGCAGCGGGCAUGGAAGGGAAAGGACCGUACCGCAUCUAUGACCCCGGCGGGGCCACGCAGGAGGAGGCGGCCAAAGCCUUUGAGCGGCUAGUGGAAGAGAACACCCGACUGAAGGAAAAGAUGCAGGGGAUAAAAUCUCUAGGAGAGCUGCUGGAAGAGUCCCACGUGGAGGCCUCCAAGCUGCGGCAGAAAGUGGAGGACCUGGUGAAGGACAACAAGAUGCUACAGCCAUCGCCUUUCCCCUCGGACGAGCUGCUGGAAGUAACAGGCAGGGACCCAGAUGGCAACAUGACCUCAGCGGAGCCAAGCAGGGGCGAGAAGGAGCAGGAUGCAGAGAUUCGGCCGACUCCACUAAGCGGCUCAUCCUCUGAGUUCGAGAUCGUAACCGCUGAGGACAAGAGGUUUUCCCAUGAAAGUAGGAAGUCGGACACUGAGAAGCCGCAGCACGAGGAUGCCAACCUGAUGCUCCACCUGCAGCGGCUGGAGAGCACCCUGAGCGUCUUCGCUGAGGAGGCCGACAGGAACCAGGUGCUGGCCCACCUGGGGCGCAUGGCACUGGAGUUCAACCGCCUGGCCUCCAAGGUGCACCGCAACGAGCAGCGGACCUCUGUCCUGCAGACACUGUGUGAGCAGCUGCGUAACGAGAAUGAGGACCUGAGGGCCAAGCUGGAGAAGGACCUGGAGCAGAGAAACCAGGUUACGGAGAAGCUCCGGUGUGAGAACCAGGAGCUGCGGAAGAUGGUGCUGCUGAGGAAGGAGGGUGCCAGAGGGGACGGCGCGGAGCUCUGCAGCCCGCAGCAGAGUGGGGCCACGGCGGAGAAGGCAUCGGGCAAGGGCACAAGCGAAGCCAGCGAGAAGAAGGUGAAGAUCCUGGAGCACCAGCGCAAUGAGCUUCUGGAGGUGAAUAAGCAGUGGGACCAGCACUUCCGGGCUAUGAAGCAGCAGUAUGAGCAAAAGAUCACAGACCUGCGCCACAAGCUGGCGGAUGCCCAGAAGGCGCUGGGUGAGCAGGAGGUGGAGCGGGAGCAGAAGCAGCGGGACUUCGACCGCAAGCUGCUGCUGGCCAAGUCCCGCAUCGAGGUGGAGGAGGCGGAGAAGGAGCGGCUGUCGGCCGAGGCGAAGGAGCUGAAGCAGAGGACGCGGUUCCUGCAGGAGCAGCUGGCGCCAGUCACCAAGCAGCGGGAGUACCAGGAGAAGGAGAUCCAGAGGCUGAACAAGGCCCUGGAGGAAGCUCUGAGCAGCCAGGCGACUGCCCCAGCUGCCUCAGCCUUCGUGAGCACUGCGGAGCCCGGUGGGGGCAUGCACCGGCACGAGCUGCUGACCCAGAAUGAGCUUCUGAAGCAGCAGGUGAAGGUCUUCGAGGAGGACUUCCAGCGGGAGCGGAGCGACCGGGAGAGGAUGAAUGAGGAGAAGGAGGAGCUGAAGCAGCAACUGGAGAAGCUCCAGAAGCAGCUGACGGUGUCCAGCCACCAGCUGCGGCUCUGCAAGGAUGACUGCCAGAGGGAGAAGGAGGAGAAGGAGAAGCUGAAGAAGGUGCUGAAACAACACAAGCAGGUGUCUGGGGAGAGGCUGCCCCCCGAGCCGCUACCGGCACCGCUGGGCCCCACCUGCCCCAUAUACCAGUUCCAGUACAGCCCACCGGUGCCUCACCCCCUGUUCCACGGCUACGAGGACUGGCAGCAGAUCCGGUACCCGCCGCCCGCCGAGCACGGCCCCAUCCAGAACUUCCGCCACUUCCCUCCUCCAGAAUAUGCCUGGCGUCUGCCCCCCUGCACAGCGUCCCGAAUCCAGAACCCCUCAGCAGUGGAUGGGGUGAAGCCAUCAGCCAAGGAUGCAGAACCUGCAGGCCCUGGGGGGCCCAAAUCCCCCAGGCCGGUAUAGCUGCCAGCUGACAGCAGAGGAGCUGCGGUGAGCCAUGCGUGUGCCUGUGUAUAUACAGACCCCUCCUGCUGCUCACCCCCUCGCGUCUGCUCCGGUGCAUCCCACACACUCAGCUCGGCAUGUUCCGGAGGAGCUCCGGGUGGAGGCAGCACCGUGCCGUGCCCCCAGGCUGCGAGGAGCAGCUGGUGCCUGGCAUGCUGUGCCAAGGGGGGAGGCAGGCAGGGCUGAAUGCCACGCUCUCGUCUGCAGCCCUGGGGGUUCACCUCCAGCCCUUGUAGCUCGCUGCUGGGAGCCUCCAUGUUGCAGGAGCCUGUGUCCCUUGGGUGACUGCAGUGUAACGCGGUCCCUGGCCUUUCACGUGUGUGGCUGUGGGCAGAGCCAGUGUCCCGCGGUGAUGGACAGCGAUGACACUAGCCUGGUAGUGAUGGACAGCGCUCGUUAGGAGUGAGCCUGGACAAGCCCAGAGCGGGCCGGGCGCUGGCUGUAGGCAAGGCGUCUUUGCCUCUUGGGAGAGGCAAAGCGGGAGCCCAGCUACCCCCGUGUUGGUUCUUCGGGGUGUCUCCCACCUCCCUUCCCCUGAAACAUGCUCGCCUUUUAACCUGCCCCAAAUCUGACGGAGUCUCCUGGCCUGCCUCUAGCCCUGCCAGGGUGCUCUGCCCUGCAGCCGGCCCUUGGCACAGGUCUGUUUUGUACAAACCUGUCACCCUGUGUGUGCAUUUCUUGGACGUGUCCCCUCCCCUAAUAAACUUGAGAGACUUUC